AUGGCACAUUUGGUCCCCCCUAGCCACCCCCAAGCUCAGGUCUCGGAUUGGGUCAGCUUGGAAGAGCUUCGAUUUGUGUCACCUAUCUGCAUCGGAGACUUGGUCGUGCAUGAUGAUUGGCUCGGGCAAGUGGAAGAGGUUUUCGAGGAAGUAAUAACGUCUGGCGGACAUACUUUCACUGAUUUGGGUGGGCGCCAUCGCAUUGGUGCUCCGCCGGCCGUUUUAGACACAGACUUGGAAAAUGUGCCUCAAGAUCCUGGUGAUGUGCUUCAAGUGUAUCCCCUGAUUAUCGCGAUAACGUGGGUGGCAAUAAAUCAAUCCCUCCCUCAACACAUUGCUGCUAGUCGAACUCGACCAGGACGAUUUUGGUUUUUUGAGAGUCUUAGUGCUUUUUCUAUUUUCCGCCGACCCACCGAUAGGAUUCCUCAUAUUCAUGAUCGGAUGUUCUUUCGCACACCUGAGCUGGCCCAAGCUCAUAAUGGGGCUUGCGUCAGCGUUCCGCACGGUGAUCGAACAAUUAUUGUGGAGGCUAUGGUAGUAAUAGAAACUCGUAUACUAAUUAAGGUGCUGUGGCAAGAUGGCUCGGUGGAGGUAUUACCGUCCGUUUCGCUCCUUCCAUACACAAACGUCGAUGAACUGGACUGCUGGCCCGGAGACUUUGUCUCUGCAAAGAGCGACGGCGAACCUCGUGCGGCCGUGGUCCAAUCCGUGGAUGCGGAAGAUCGCACGGCCCGGGUACGAUGGUACCCACCGAAAGCUAAGGAAGAAUCGAUUGCCGUAGUCUCCAUGUUCGAAAUAAAUCCCGAAGGUUCUGUAUCGUCUGACUUGCCGCAGUCUUAUGGAGUUCGAAGAGGUGACAUUGUAUUCUUGCAUGCUCGGGACUCUACAAAUGGGUGUGAUGUGCCACGUGUGCCUAAGAUUGGCGAGCUUGAACAAUGGGUCCGCCAUCCGAAUGCAAGUUGGCGCCAGGAAAUGAUGGAAAUUGGUUCCUCGGCACCACGAUGGUAUGACCCUCCUAGCAGAACCGCUACGGAACUUCCGGUGGUUGGCGUAGCCGCUAACAAGGACGGUACCCAUUGGGUUGGUGAAGUUGUCGAUCUUCGGCUUACGGGCGAGAUUGAUGUUUGUCUCCCGACUGGAGAGGUUACUACUGUCACGAUUGAUCGACUUACUGUCCUUCGAGACUUGAGCGAGGACGUGGACUAUCCUUGGAUAGACGAGGAUGUGUCAGACGGUUUCUCCAGUUCCGAAGAGUCUGAUCACUUGAAGUCACCCCUUGUUCCUAAUGAGGACGUGGAAAUGGAUGUUGCGAGCGAAUCUCAGCCCACGUCAUCCUCGGGACCUAAGUACGAGGCUGAGGAAGAACGGGACGCAUGGAAGCAUUUUGAUACCGAGGCAUCGCUGAUGUCUGUGGGCACAGUAGAUAUAGAUAUGGAUUCUCCUUCGUCGUUGUCAUCUGGUUCAUCCACGCCUGCUGGGACAGUUUCUGGGACUCCUUCGGCUUUGGAAGCUUCGCACUCACCGCCGGCCGAACCCCCUUGGAAAUCCUUCGAUGUCUUGCCCUCUGCGCCAUCGGAUCAUCAUUUUUAUUCUCAACCACCCACUAGUCCGCCUAGCAGGUCCUUCUCUCAGCGUCUCAAUAAGGAGUAUCGGGUCCUUUCAACUAGCCUCCCUAGUGAUAUCAUAAUACGGACGUAUGAAGACAGGGCCGAUUUGUUGCGCUCCCUGAUUAUUGGCAGUCACAAUACACCUUACGAGGAUGCGCCGUUUGUCAUUGACUGGCAAUUACCGCCUUCGUUCCCACUCGAGCCUCCCACCGCACAUUUUCACAGUUGGACGAAUGGUAAUGGGAGGGUAAAUCCUAAUUUAUACGAAGAAGGGAAAGUAUGUCUGUCCAUCCUGGGGACUUGGACUGGUGAGGAAUCGGAGGCUUGGAGUUCGAAGAAAUCUUCACUGUUGCAAGCGUUCGUCUCUAUCCAAGGGCUUGUACUUGUCAGGGAACCUUACUUCUGUGAACCGGCCUUCGAGAAGAUGCGGGGAACGGAAGAAGGCAUAGUGAGCAGUCGCCUCUACAAUGAAAAGGUUUAUGUCCUCGCACGCGGAUUCGCGCUGCAUGCGCUUCAGCAUCCUAUUUCGGGAUUUAGUGAUGAAAUCCAUUGGAUCUACUUCACGGCGGGAAAACUCAAGAAGUUGCUUCAUAAUGCGGACACGUUGAUUGCCAGGAGCCAAUCUGCCGAUCCCGAAGGGAGUCUUUCGGAGGCGACCGAGGACUCUUCGGUGCCCCGCCUGACGGUGGGAGGUGCCAUUACACUAAAGCGGACGCUCGUCAAGCUCCAGACAAUUUUAGACAAUUCAAGAGCGUUGUAA